AUGUCGACCCGUUCGCAGCUGACGAAAGAUCUAAACGAGAGUGUGAAAACACUUCUUGGACGCCACACCAAAAUUUUGGUGAAGUAUAUGGUAAAACUAGAAGUGAAAAGUGAUAAAACAGAGAACAGAGUUUUGGUUUUCACACCGGUUCGAGUGUAUCUGCUUACAGCCAAAGUACCGACGAGGAUAGACUGCCAUUUUCAUUAUUUGGAUAUACAAUCGAUUGAAAGUCGAAAGCCAACUCAUUUUACGAUAACCACCAAUGACAAAACUUAUUCCUUUUCAACAAUUGGCGAUGCUGGAAGUUUUACAUCGAAUGCCGACGUAAUCUUGACGGAUUUAUCAUCUGCAAUUAAGCAGAUAUUUCCCACAGUCCCGCUGCGGUAUAUAAUUCGUAAAAUCGAUGUGAAUCCAGUGGAGCGUACUUCCAUCUUCUCAGACGAACUGCGUCCAUCAGAUCCGCGUAAUGUGGGCCCGUGCGGUGGGUUUAGCAUGCAGUACGCUUGCAUGUGUGAUCUACAUGCAGUCCAGUACCGCGAGGAAGUUGCCUGGGACAUCGACACAAUUUAUUUGUCGCACGAUGCGCGAGUUCUAAAUCUGCGCGACUUCGAUCACCUGGAGCAAAAAGAUCUUAUGGCAAUAGUGGCUGCACUCGAGUACAAUACGUUUUUCCGUGGAUUAAAAGCAUCUCACACACGCUUGUCAACGGAAACGCUUGAACGGGUGCUGCAGAUACUGCGACGAUCUCUAUGGCUUGAAGAGCUGCACUUGGAAUCACUGGGAUUAAAGUCUGACUUUAUACAUAAGCUAGCUGUUGCUGUGAUAUCAAAUUCUGCACCUGCAUUGCGAUCAAUCGACUUGAGCCAUAAUGUAAUUGAGGACAAAGGAGCUACACACUUGGCUGGACCAAUAGCAAAAAUGUCCAAGGGGUUUUCCAAGCUAGCUCUCGCACAUUGUGGCCUUACGGCCAAGGGUGUCAAUCAGCUAGCACAUUCGCUUUCAUUGAAUCAAAAUAUCUCGAGCUCACUGACGUAUCUCGACCUAAGCGGUAAUAUUCUCAAAGACGACGGAAAUAAUUUGUACAACUUUUUGGCUCAACCGAAUGUUAUCGAACAUUUGGAUAUCUCUCGAACCGAUACAACGUUGGAAAGCGUAUUUGGUGCUUUAUUGCGUGGUUGUGCCACACACCUACUCCAUUUGAACGUAUCGCAUAACAACUUUGGCACGAAAAAAGGCAAAGAAAUACCACCCUCGUUCAAACAGUUCUUUACGAGUAGCUUGAGCUUGAAGCAUCUCAACAUUGCCAGCUGCAAGCUCCCGUUGGAAGCUCUGAAGCACCUACUGCUUGGGCUCGCCUGUAAUGAAUCAACUGCAGGGCUCUAUCUGGAUCUAAGUGGAAAUUCGCUUGGGUCGCAAGGGGCUCACGUGCUCGAAUCUUGCAUUCACGGUGUGCGCGUACUGGCCAGUCUGGAUAUUAGUGACAACAAUAUGGAUUACGAGCUGGCCCAUGUGUUUACCGCAAUCGGCAAAAACCCAUCGAUUCGUUCACUCUACAUGACAAAAUGCUUUGCAGGCAUGAAAUUGAAGCACAUUGGCACGGUAAUGGAUUCGCUGGUAAACCUGAUUCAGAAGGAAGACUUUCAGCUGCAAGAGCUAGUGCUGGCGGAAAAUCGUCUCAAAACAGAUUUGCACAACUUCAUCAACGCGCUUGGUAGCAACCAGCAUUUACAAAUGCUGGAUAUAACGGGAAACUUGAUGGGAGACAUCGGUGCCCGGUUGCUCGCUAAGGCGUUACAGAUCAACAAUAAGCUGAGGACGAUUGCCCUAGAUCGAAACAAUAUCACACUACAGGGCUACGCAGAUAUAGUAUAUUCUCUGGAGAACAAUUUUUCUGUGCGCAACAUGCCCUUUCCAUUGCAUGACAUUGCACCUUGUUUGAAGCAACAUCCUGAGCGAACUGACGUGCUUAUGAGAAAAAUGCAGGAACUAUUGUUCCGCAAUGGCAAUGGAUUCCAGCGUGCUCAUGGACAAGGUUUUCGCCUGCAGCAUGGAUUUUUGUUGUCAUCUACUCAUCAGGUGUUGGAUAAGCUAGUCGCCGAAACGCAAGAAACCAUGUCAUCGCGUCAGUGCUCUCUCGAUGGUAAUUUAUCUCGCCUUCUUGAGGAUGCCGAAAAUUGCAAACAGCUUCUCCCUAAGCUGCAAGAGUCCGUGCGAUGCGAUCCCCAUCCGAUAGAGGUGCGCCUGGGAAAAAUGAAAACUGAGCUGCACCAGUCCAUUAAGAGUUAUCUUCAGGAAACAAUGGAAACGAUGUUACGUACCGGUAUCGAGCAGUGUCCAAAGACGCUUGGCUCUCAGGUAGUUCUGACCGAAUUGCGCAAGGGAUGUGAAGAACGGUUGACGAUUUCAGAAGAAUUUCUACAGUGCUGCUUCGUAAAUAGUGCCGGUGGCGAAGUCAUGAAUCGUAUAAGUGAGGUAGAACAAUCGUUAGCCAGCCUAAUAUCUGACCGAGCAACGGAUGAGGUGCUGGAAGCAUUGACGCGCUAUCGUAAAGGUCUAGGUAUUGCAGAGGGGCCGCUCGGUUAUGCGGACGAUUUACUUUCCUUAGACGGUAUCAAAAAUAAUUCUAGUCAGAGCACCGAGCCGAUAGCAAAUUUUGAACUGAGAGGCUUAGAUUUACCGAAACUGGGACUGGAUUCUCCAACGGCCACGCCUCAACUGCAACAUAAACGGCGCUCUAUUGCUAGGAAGGUGCGACCACAGUCCGUUGUGGGCUUAGGCGUAGAAAACCUAAGCCUCGCUAACAUACCUGAUGUUACCGAGACGUCAAUAUCGAGCAUUUUGCACAGCAGCAGCAAUAAUAGCGGAUCGAAGAACUAUGAAUCACCAAGUAUGAAGGAGGACGAGUGCUGCGACUCUAUCACGGAACUUCCAAGUCAAUCACUCACGCUGCAGCAUCUUGUUAAAGGACGUCCGAAGCGCGCGAAAACCCGAGCCCCGAAAAAAGCAGUUCCUACGGACAACGUAGUGACAACGGGAACGGUUGUAAAUGAAGGAAUAGAAUCCUUCUUCCGACCUGGUUCGGCUACUCCAUCGACGCUGACUCCACUAGUUUCGCCGACCUCGGAGGAGUGCAGCUCUUUGAGCUUUGUCGACAGCCCCACCCUGAGUCGGGAUGAUGGUGGACGUUUCAGUAACGUUACAUCAGGGGAAACGACACCAAUCUUGGAGGAACGCAAGCCACUGAAGCUAGAUCGUUCCUCGCCGUUGCUAAAAGGUGUGAACUGGACGUCGCGUUCGCGGUCCUCUGACAACUUGGAAAAAGUGUCACCAUCGGUGAAUCGUAAGUCACCGCUCGUGAAAGCUGCGACUGAGGUCGUUGAAACACCAGAACGCGAUUCUCGACCCGUGGGUGUCACCUCCAUUACUGGAAGCAAAUCACCCAGCAAUGAAUCGGUUCGUAGUCAUCACGUAGAACCGUCACAAGGCUCGUCCAGACUUGGCAACGGUACUGGUCAAAAGACUCCAAUCAUUUCGCCGAAACCCCGCCCGUGGUCGGUGCUAGGUCAUGAGUCGAAGAAUGAGUUUAACGAAUCAUCGGUCGAUAGUAUUGACACCGAUGGAGAUCUGGUGCUUAUUUCCGGUCAAACACCUGGAGGAUCGAUAGUGGGCAUCACGCCUGGUGCAAUAAGUACAGCAGCAGCCGGCGCAACGGGUGGAAGCAUACUGGGAAUUACACCUGGAGCCGUCAUUGAGAAAAAAUCCGUUAGAGACAUGGCAGCCGGGUUGAACAAGCUUGGAGGAGACGCUAGUUGAAGGCCUGCAAAAAUCGUCACGAAAAACCAUGUAUAGGGAAUCGACC